AUGGGUUUGAGCAGCAGCUGCUGUCAAGAGGAGGAGCUCGUGGAGGGACCCAAGGAACCUCCAGAAGUGGUUCACAGCCACAGCCGUGCUCCGUCCAGCUCGUCCUCCAGCGAUGCUGUGCCCCCGGUGGCCGUGCCGGCUCUGACGUCACCCUCUGCUGGUACGCUGGGCUCGCGCAAGUGGAGCCGGCUUCAGGACAUGCGACACCUCGAGGUGGACGCCGAAAUCGUGCGCGGAAUUUCCCUUCACGCUUCCCUUCGCAACCUGGGUCUCCUAUGGUGCAAGUCUCCCAUCGAUCUGGCGGAGGAGGGCCGCCGGCACUUGUACGACCGUUCAGCACCGGUGGUGGCCUACGACAUCUUUUUGUCGCACACAUGGCAGACGCCAGGGAGGUACAAAGUCCUCAGCCUUUUGUUUCAGGCAGGGUGGAAGCACAUGCUUCAACUUUGGUCGGUCAGUGUGGUCUCAGCUUUCGUGCUGAGCUUCUGCAACGUACUCCCACUGCCCUUCAGCAUUGUGCCGGAAUUUGCCGAGUACCAUGCGCAUCAUUGCCCAUACUUCCCUUGGUGCCUCGUCUUCUCCUUCGUGGGAAGCUUCUUGGGGCUCGUGCUGACGCCCUAUUUUCCGGCCCUCUGCGGCCGGCAUCCUGUUUGCUUCCUGGAUGUGGUCAGCAUCCACCAAGUGGACCAGGAGUUGAUGGAGCGUGGCGUCUACGGCUUAGGAGGAUUUUUGCGAGUUUCAAAAGAGCUCCGGGUCCUUUGGUCCGCCCCGUACCUCUCGAGGCUGGGAACCCAACCGUCUAA